AUGCCAGAGAUUGAGAAGCUUCACCUUGAGGAUGCAUUCGAAGAUAGCCCACAGUGGAUACAGACCAUAAAGAAUAUUGCUAAGGAAGGUGGAUAUGUGAAAGAAAGGGAUCCUUCUGAAACCAAUAAAAAGGAGCGGGCUGAAAGCAAAAGCAGAAGUAGGUCGGCCAGUUCAGAUAGUGGCGCUGCCAAGCAGCAGUCUUCCUCAUCAGGGUGGGUCAUUGUUGAAAAAGUUCAGGGUGCUACCAGAGAUACCACACCGCCAGCCACUAAGAUAGCGCCCUCUGGUGACCUCGUGCUGAACACGCCCAUACAGUUUGACCUUGCUUCACCCACAGAUGAGGUCAAGGACAUUGGGGUCAAAGAAGGGCCUCAAAAGAGGAUUAACCCCUUUGACCAGACGUCCUUGCAGAUGGUGGCAGAUGACCAUGGGGCUGGUGCUGCCUUCUCACAGAGUUUUCUAGUCAGAUUUCUUGGUUCCAUGGAGGUAAAGACAGAUAGAGGUGAACAGCUGAUUUAUGAAACCAUGCGUCAGAUCAUGGCUGCCAGGGCCAUUCACAACAUCUUCCGCAUGGCAGAGUCUCACCUUGUGGUAUCCAGUAAUGAAAUGAAAUUGCUAGACCCAAGCAGCGGCAGUCCCAGGUUGAAGUUUAGCCUUAUGGACGUGUCUUUCUGGGCUGCACAUCAGGACAAUAAGAGGUUAUUUGCAUUCAUCACCCGAAACCGAGGCACAACAGGGACACCCCCUUCGUUUACUUGCCAUGUAUUUGAGUGUGAUCUCUCAGGAGAAGAGAUCUGCCAGGCCAUUACCACGGCAACUAAAAUGGCUUUUCAGGCUGUGAUGGAGAAGAGAGCAGCAGAAAAGGAACAAGCACAACGGGCAAGAGAAAUGAAAAUCCUUAUGGCCAACAUACAAAUAUUGGAUGAUGUGGUGGAAGCAGAGGAGUCAAGUGAAAACAGUCUGCAGCAACAAGCAUCCAAACAACAACAACCAAAACAAAAACAACAAGGACAUACCAAAACAAAACAAAACCAAAGUCACAAGAACUCGGGCGAUGUAACUGUACCUGAAUGUGAUUCUAGUGUGACUGCCGGACAGACUGCACCUGACCAAUUGAGCUGUGAUGGGACUCCCAGUAUUUUACUCGGCGUAACAGAUGAAGAUGAAGAGUCAGAGGCUUGAGUCAGGCUUGAUACUCGCCCUUUGAAUUGUGGUGGAUGCUGAGUUUACUUAAAUUAUCGAUUCAUGCUGCAGCAAAUUAAGUCCAAUACUAGUCUCCUCUUCCCAUUGGUUAUGAUUUGAAGUUCUUCUUUACAUUGCCAGAGUUUGAGGAACUGAACCUUUUGUACACAACCCUUUGACAAAAGUUAUGCUUAUAUAGGCUUCAGGCUUUAAAAAGGCUUGUUAAAGAGAAACAGUUAUCUAUAUUUCAGCUUAUGUAAAAUAUAACAUUUUGAGCAGUAUUGUUGCCUAAUGAAAAAUUAUAAACAAAAUAGUAAAAUUAAGCCUGUUUUGAUGAUAACAAAAAUUAUGCUUUACAGGCUUCAGGCUUUAAAAGGCUUGUUUUAGAGAAACAUCUGCCAUAUUUCAGCUCAUGUAAACUUUAUUGUUUUGAGCAGUAUUGUGUUCCUAAUGGAUGUAAUUUUAGAACGAUAAAAAAUUACACAUAUAAUGAUAAAAUUAAGCUUGUUUUGAUGGUGAGGCUGGGAAGAUAUUUGCCUUUAAGACUUUUUAGAACAGAUAUUAAUAAUGUGUAGAGGUACGUAAUCCUAUAAGGUAAUCCCCACAGGAUAUCGUUGUGUAGACCAGGGUUUUCUUCACCUCAGUUCUUUUAUAAAAAGUUUCAGCUUUUUGAAUAUUGUUUUUUGAAAUUUCAUGAUGUUCCAUUUUCAUUUUCAGAUUUGAAUGUUACU